CUCCAGCCCAUCUUUUCCAGUAUCCCCGAAAAAGUUUACAUGAAGUAAAAGAGAAAAAAAGAUCCAAAACAAACUCUCUUUCAGUGGCCCAACCGCGGCCCAAGCAAUAUGGCUUUAUCCCAAAUCCAUAUUUGCGUGGUUCCUUCUAAAAUGGUCCAUGAAAAGAGGACUUGAGAUAAAAGCUUUACAAAUAGUCACACACUCACUAGUCACAUUACCCGCUUCUGCCUACGCUUUUUCUACUGUGAAAAAUGGCGGGCGAAGAAAGUUCACCAGAAUCCGCGACCGGUAACAAAAAGAUGGACGAAUUGGAAGGGCAAUGGAGGCUAUACGAGGCGUACAAUGAGCUACACGGUUUAGCUCAGGAAUUCGACACUCCAUUUGAUGCACCAGCAGUGCUGGUAGUGGGCCACCAGACGGACGGGAAAAGCGCACUGGUGGAGGCACUAAUGGGCUUCCAAUUCAACCACGUCGGUGGUGGAACCAAGACUCGUCGGCCCAUUACUCUUCACAUGAAAUACAACCCUGAGUGUGACUCUCCCCUUUGCCAUCUCUUGUCUGAUUCUGACCCCUCUGUUUCUCAUGAAAAAUCUCUGCAAGAAAUUCAGGCAUAUAUUGAGGCUGAAAACAUGAGGUUGGAGAAGGAAACAUGCCAGUUUUCUGCAAAAGAGAUAAUCAUUAGAAUCGAAUACAAAUAUUGCCCCAACCUUACUAUCAUUGACACUCCAGGACUUGUUGCUCCAGCACCUAGUCGGAAAAAUCGGGCUUUACAGGCUCAAGCUCGUGCAGUGGAGUCAUUGGUGCGAGCAAAAAUGCAGCAUAGGGAAUUCAUUAUAUUGUGCCUGGAAGAUUGUAAUGAUUGGAGCAAUGCAACUACGAGGAGGGUUGUAAUGCAGAUUGAUCCUGAGCUUUCAAGGACUGUGGUUGUUGCAACGAAGCUUGAUACGAAAAUACCUCAGUUCGCACGAGCUUCUGAUGUUGAAGUUUUCCUUUCACCACCAGCAAGUACACUUGAUGGAUUUAUGUUGGGUGAUUCUCCCUUUUUUACAUCUGUUCCUUCUGGGAGAGUUGGUUUUGGACCUGAAUCAGUUUUCAGAUCCAAUGAUGAGUUCAAACAGGCUAUUUCAUCACGGGAGGUGGAAGAUUUAGUAGCAUUGGAGGAGAAGUUGGGCAGAGCACUUUCAAAGCACGAAAGAAGCAGAAUAGGUGUUAGCAGCCUUAGGCUAUUCUUGGAGGAGUUGCUCCUGAAAAGGUACAUGGACAGUGUGCCAUCAAUUAUUCCCCUCCUCGAGAAAGAGUACCGGAGCAGCACUAGAAAGCUGAGUGAAUUAGAUCAACAACUCAGCUCUUUGAAUGAGGCAAAACUGAAGGAGAAAGGAAGAACUUUCCAUGAUCUAUUUUUGACCAAGCUGUCACUGUUGUUGAAAGGAACAGUUAUUGCACCACCAGACAAAUUCGGGGAAACCCUACAAGAUGAGAGGGUCAAUGGAGGGGCAUUUAUUGGAUCUGAUGGUCUUCAGUUCCCACACAAACUGAUACCUAAUGCAGGCAUGCGUCUUUAUGGAGGUGCCCAAUAUCAUCGUGCAAUGGCUGAGUUUCGUUUUGUUGUUGGAGGAAUUAAAUGCCCUCCAAUUACACGGGAAGAAAUAGUGAAUGCAUGUGGAGUUGAAGACAUUCAUGAUGGAACUAACUAUUCUAGAACAGCCUGUGUAAUUGCUGUUGCCAAGGCUCGUGAUACAUUUGAGCCUUUCCUUCAUCAGUUGGGUUGCAGACUAUUACACAUUCUGAAACGGUUACUUCCAAUUGCUGUUUAUCUUCUUCAGAAAGAAGGGGAAUACCUGAGUGGCCAUGAUGUAUUUCUGAGGCGUGUAGCAGAUGCUUUCAACAAUUUUGCAGAAUCUACCGAAAUAUCAUGUCGUGAAAAGUGCAUGGAGGAUUUAGUGAGCACCACUCGCUACGUGACAUGGUCCCUCCACAAUAAGAAUCGGGCCGGAUUACGUCAAUUUCUAGAUUCAUUUGGUGGAUCCGAACACUCUGCCAUUAUUGGUAAUUCCACAUCUACUGGUCUUUCUCAAGAUUUGUCAACUGCAUCUGUAGCCAGUGAUAACAAGCAGGAUGUUAAGGCCAGGACAGAUGUAAAGCUUAGUCAUUUGGCUUCAGGGAACGAUUCAAAUACGAGUACUCAGACAACAGAAACAAGACUAGCUGACCUUUUAGACAGCACGCUUUGGAACAGGAGGCUUGCUCCUUCUUCUGAAAGAAUUGUUUAUGCCUUGGUUCAACAAAUAUUUCAUGGCAUAAGAGAAUAUUUCUUGGCAUCAACAGAACUAAAGUUCAACUGUUUUCUACUCAUGCCUGUUGUUGACAAGCUGCCUGCAAUGCUUCGUGAGGACUUAGAAUCUGCUUUUGAAGAUGAUUUAGAUAAUGUUUUUGACAUCACUAACCUACGGCAUUCAGUAGGGCAGCAGAAACGGCAAACUGAAAUUGAGCUGAAAAGGGUACAAAAGCUUAAAGAGAAAUUCCGCUACAUUCACGAGCAACUUAAUUCUCAGCAGGCCAUGUUUGGACAGUAGCUAUCAUCAGUUUGUUGAUGCUCCUACCUGAAGAAUAUUAAAUGCAAGAGUAAUAUUCUGUAAUUAUGCCUUGUCUACGCAUGCUUCCCUUUAUUAUAUUGAAAGAAGAAUGCCAAACAUGAAACCUGUACAUGAAUUAUUUGAAACUUUUGUUGUGAUUCCCUUGUGAUGGUUGUUAAAUUAACCAGAACUAAGCCAGGUAAUUGCUUGAAUUAUGCUCUUCAGUUGUUAAAUUAACCAGAACAUUUGUUUUGUUUUGUACUAA